AUGGUGGUCGAGGAACAUGUGGCGCCAUCAAAAUCAAAUCUCAGUUUUUCAUUUGAGGUUUCUGAUGAUGAUGAUGAUGAUGAUGAUGAUGAUGAUGAUGAUGAUGAUGGUGAUGAUAAUGAUGAGGAUGUUCUUGUGUUUGAACCAUCAAAGGAGCCAGUCAAUGAAGCUGUGAUUUCUCCAGCUGAGAGAGAGAGAAAGAAAUCAACAUUUUCAACUUCAAGAGGAAAGGGAAUAUCUAUUGGCUCAGGGCAAGGAGGUGAUGAAGACUCUCAACAAACCAUUUCUGAGCUCAAAGAAGCGAUCGUAAUUUUGAAGCAGGAGUCCAUUGAGAAAGACUUGCUGAUUGGCAAUUUGGAUGUGAGAGUUUCUGAGCUUGAAAAAGAAAAUUCUCAAAAAAGUAAGCACAUCUCAGACCUUCAAGCCAAUCUUGGCGAGUUGAAAACUCUUUAUUUUGAUCUCAAAGACAAAUUAAUUGGAAAAUUUGGUGAUGUGUUCAAGACUUCAGGUUCUGAUGAUGGAAAAGCUUCAGAGACAUCUGAAAGAGUCGUGGUUUGUCCUGCCCCAGAUUCUAACCUUGAUCAAUUUCUGUCUUCUGGCCCCAUCACUGCUGAAGAAAGAAAGGAGAAGUAG